AUGGAGACCUCUUCUUGUAGGGAGGUAGCUAGCAAGUAUGUUCUUGAGAUCAAGGCAUUGAUACUAAAGCUCUUGGCUUUAUUAUCUGAAGGACUUGGACUUGAUUCUGGUUAUUUGAAUGAGAAAUUUGGCAAGCAUAAUCAAAUACAGUUGAUAAAUUACUAUCCUCCAUGUCCUGAUCCCAACCUAACACUUGGGCUGCCAGGGCAUUCCGAUCGGAAUGGCAUUACAAUUCUUUUGCAAGAUGAAGUAGGAGGAUUGCAAGUGCUCAAAGAUGGAAAAUGGAUCAUCGUGAAACCGGAGAAAAAUGCUUUUGUGGUUAAUAUAGCCGAUCAAUUGCCGGUUAUCAGCAACGGGAGGUUCAAAAGCGUGGAACACCGUGCAAUUACGAAUUCUACAUCCUCUCGAAUUUCAUUGCCAACAUUUUAUGGUCCCUCUUUGGAUGCAUCAAUUGGGCCUGCCAAUGAAUUAGUGAGCAAAGAAAGCCCUGCAAUUUACAGGAGUUACACAUUUGGGGAGUUCUUUGACAGGUUUUUUAGCCAGGAACUCAAGGGGAAAACAGUCCUUGACCACUUCAAGUAUUGUGCAGAGUGA